UGUUUUUUUGAGUGAGCCAGGGAGAAAGAUAUAAUAUUUUCUACACGAUUUUAAAUUACUUUUUAUUUUAAUUUGUUUAGCAAACAUGAGUUUAAAAGAAAUACAGAAUAAACUGCUUUUAUGGGAAGCUUCUGAAAAUCCUUUAGCUCCAUUGACAGCGGAACAACGUGAGGCAAUUCUAGAUUUGGAGGCCCUACUUCGUGACGAUUCUGAUGAUUCGGAUAAAGUUUGUAUUAUUAACUUCGAGAUUUCAUCGGUGUAAAAUUGUAAUAGAACCAAGGAUUAAUAACAUAAUAAUUAUCUUAUUGUUUCUAGGAAAUAACUUCAAAUGAAUCAACAGUUGAUUCUGGUAUUCCUCCUGUGGACUCGACUUACGAUUUUUUAACCUGGUAUGAAAGCUUAUGUGAUAAAAAUAUUAAAGCUGAUGACUCUCCAUAUGAAGCAUAUUAUAAGCAACUAGAGGACAGGAGGAAUGAAUGUGUCUCACUUAAUAAUCAGAUUGGUGAUACAAUGGCAGACUUAAAUAAACUGUCAGAACAAUAUGAGCUGGUCUCAAACAAAACAAAUGCACUGCAUAAGAUGAGCGAGCAGCUGUUGGCUGAUCAGAACAAGUUGUCUAGUAUAGGAGAUAAUAUUAAACAGAAGCUUCACUACUUUACACAAGUGGAACAUCUAUCUCAGCGAUUGAACAGUCCCACAAUGUCAGUGAAUAGUGAAUCCUUCUUUAUAGUACUUGCUAAAAUUGAUGAGUGUCUGGAGUAUAUGAAAACUAAUAGUGGUUUCAAAGAAUCCCAUACAUACCUAGUGAAGUAUCGCCACUUACAAAGCAGAGCGAUAUCACUGAUCAGGUCUUAUGUAAAUCAUGUACUAGAUCAUGCCACAGAGCAGGUGUUAACCACAAACGAGGAAGACUCCACCGAUCAGGAAGCCAUGGAAACUGCCUAUGCUGUGUACUUUGGAAAGUUCCAAGCUGCAGCACCCAAAUUGAGAAUGGUUAUAAGUGAGGUGGAAUCGAGAGCGGAGAAUAAUGCUGAGUACGCGUCGCUGCUGAACGAGCUGCAGCGCGAGUACUGCGCGCGGCGCUGGCGCGUGUCCGGCGCCGGCGUGGGCGCGGCGCUGGCGAGUGCCGGCGCCACACACGCGCGCGAGCACGCGGCCCUCGCGCGCGCCGCCACGGGGCUGCUCGCGCACGCCUGCCGCGACGAGUGCGCCCUCUACGCGCACAUGUUCCGCACGCCCUCGCCCGCCAGAGAGUCAGUAUAUCGUACGAUAGAACAGAAAACACUUCAUUGAUUAAACAGUUUUACGAAAU